GUGGCCAACAUGUACAACAGGAGAAUAUUAAGGGAGAUCUACGGGCUGUACGCUAGUACACAGCCCUACAGGAUCAAGAGUGUAUUUCUCGUGGGUCGGACGAAGGACGACAUCUUGCAAGCCAACAUUGAGCGGGAACAUCAUCAGUACAGGGAUAUGUUACAGGGCCAGUUCUAUGACCACUACCACAACUUGACCUACAAGACCAUCAUGGGCUACAGAUGGACACGGCUCUACUGUAAAAACAUCAAGCUCAUUCUAAAAAUAGACGAUGACGUUUUCUUAGAUGUUUACAAAUUUUUCGACUUCUUUUUACCUCUCGUGCCCAAACAUAAAAGAACUGUGUACGGGUUCCUGAACUACCACCCCCGGGUAUUCCGAGAUGGCAAGUACCGGGUGGGGGUGGAGGAGUACGCGGGCAAGAACUACCCCAACUUCUGCAGUGGGUUCUUUGUUGUGCCAACACUGGACCUCAUUGACGAGAUCUAUGAGGUGUCCAAGACAGUCAGAUUUUUCCGUCUAGAAGACGUGUUUACCUACGGUCUAGUGCGGGAGAACAUGGUGGACGUCCAGCUGGUCCACCUUGAUGUCAUCACCUACGAUUUGAAGUCCUACAAGGACUGUGUUAAUGAUUACAGGUACAGGUGCAAGUACAUGGCUGUCGAGGUCCCGCCAUCGCAAUUGUUGACCACAUACAACCAGGUGGUCAAGUUUAGAAAACAGCUGGGGCUGACCAGUGGAGGCGCCAAUUAACAUCUUAACAACUGAUAAUUAAUUGAAGUGCCAAUUAAUAUCUUAAUAACUGAUAAUUAAUUGAAGUGCCAAUUAACAUCUGGAUUACUGCUAAUUAAUUUAAGUGCCAAUUAACAUCUGGAUUACUGCUAAUUAAUUUAAGUUGAUAGAUCAUUUAACUCCCUAAUCCAAAGAUUCACUUCUUCAUCACAAUAAUUAAGUGGAGCGGUAAAAAGAACUCUUACAUUAUAAUUAAACAAGUACCCUACAGAUUAAGUAUUAAUUUAACAAUUAAUAAAAUUAAUUAUUUAGCUACUAAUGUUGGAGGUGACACAAUUAACUAUGUGAGAUGUAAAAUACCUUCAUGCUUAAAGGGCUCUACGCCUUUUUAAAUUAAAUGCUCGCUUAUUUUAAAGGGUCUAAUGGUACCCCCCCCCCCCCCUCCCCCUAUCUUUUACUCUCACCCAUUGUCUCGAGAUUACAAAGCUCUUUGGUCAAAGGGUCAAAAUCUUUGUUUAAGAGUUGAUAGGGUCAUAACGCGUCUCUUUGUUGUGUAUCACGCUAAAUAAUGCGUCAAACAAAGGUAUGCUAGUGAUCAUCAAGUAAGGUAUUCUAAUGAUCAUAAAAAGGUAUAAGCCAGUUACCAGCGUGAAC